UUCUCAUCACUCUCUCUCUCUCUCUCUCUCACACACACACACACACAACUGUACUCUCUCUUCUGGUGAUUUGAAGAAAACCCUAAUUCCCAAUUUUUCAUUUUUUUUGUCGUUUUGUUUCUUCACUCGUCUUCUCCGGCGAGAGGAGAUUGUUUUUUUGGGUGGAUCUAAAGGAAGAUAAAGUUUCAUCCUUUCACUAUGCAAUCCUGAGAAAAUAACACCCACUAAGGAAAUGUCAAGCUCCGACCCGAAACCCGGAUCCAAACCGGGUCAAUGGCCACCAGCUCCUGAAUCAGCCGCAAUGCCGCCGUCUUCCUGGGCUAAAAAAACCGGAUUCCGUCCUAAAUUCUCCGGCGAGACUACCGCCACUGAUUCCGGUCAGCUCUCAUUACCUGUUAGAGCUAGACAACAAGAGACCCAACCGGAUCUUGAAGCUGGUCAAGCUAGGCUCCGUCCUCCUCCUGCCUCCGCCGUAGCUAACGGUGAGACUGAUAAGGAUAAGAGAGAGAAGCCACCGCCACCACCUCCAACAGCAACAACAACAGCGCCACCGCAACCACCUCCCGGUUCUGUUUCUGUUCCGGUUAAGGAUCAGCCGGUUAAGAGGAGAAGAGAUUCUGAUGGGGUUGUUGCAAGAUCAAAUGGAGCUAAUGGGUCAGGCGACCCGGUUAGAAGACCGGGUCGUAUUGAAGAGACAGUUGAGGUUUUGCCUCAGAGUAUGGAUGAUGAUUUAGUGGCUAGGAAUUUGCAUAUGAAGUAUGGUCUCAGAGAUACUCCUGGACUUGUUCCAAUUGGGUUCUAUGGUUUGCAGCAUUACCUUUCAAUGCUAGGCUCAUUGAUUCUGGUUCCACUUGUUAUUGUUCCUGCAAUGGGAGGUUCGCACGAGGACAUUGCAAAUGUUGUUUCGACUGUGCUUUUUGUCUGUGGGAUCACUACAUUGUUGCAUACUUCGUUUGGGUCGAGGCUUCCUUUGAUUCAAGGUCCUUCCUUUGUUUUUCUGGCUCCAGCUUUGGCUAUCAUUAACUCACCAGAGUUUCAAGGUUUGAAUGGAAAUAAUAACUUCAAGCAUAUCAUGAGAGAGCUGCAAGGUGCAAUCAUAAUCGGUUCAGCUUUUCAAGCAGUGCUCGGAUACAGUGGUCUAAUGUCGCUGAUUUUGAGGUUGGUCAAUCCAGUAGUUGUUGCUCCAACGAUUGCUGCUGUUGGACUCUCGUUUUACAGCUAUGGUUUUCCACUUGUUGGUAAAUGUCUUGAGAUUGGUGUAGUGCAGAUCCUACUUGUGAUCAUCUUUGCUCUUUACCUCCGGAAAAUCUCUGUUUUAAGCCAUCGUAUUUUCCUUAUUUAUGCGGUUCCAUUGAGUCUUGCAAUUACUUGGGCAGCUGCAUUCCUUUUAACUGAAACAGGAGCUUACACUUACAAAGGUUGUGACCCAGACGUUCCUGUCUCAAAUGUUGUUUCAAGCCGCUGCAGAAAAUACAUGACCAGAAUGAAGUAUUGUCGGGUUGAUACUUCUCAUGCACUGAGUUCCGCCCCUUGGUUUAGGUUUCCUUACCCCUUGCAAUGGGGUGUGCCAAUAUUCAGCUGGAAAAUGGCUUUUGUUAUGUGUGUGGUCUCUAUAAUUGCUUCAGUAGACUCGGUUGGCUCGUACCAUGCGUCUUCUCUAUUAGUAGCAUCGAGACCUCCAACUCGAGGUGUUGUGAGUCGGGCAAUCGGUCUCGAAGGUUUCACAAGUGUCUUAGCUGGUCUUUGGGGUACGGGUACUGGCUCAACCACUCUAACGGAAAACGUUCACACAAUUGCUGUGACCAAAAUGGGAAGCCGCAGAGUCGUUGAGUUAGGAGCAUGUGUUUUGGUUAUAUUUUCCCUGGUUGGUAAGGUUGGAGGGUUUCUUGCAUCAAUUCCGCAAGUCAUGGUUGCUUCUCUUCUUUGCUUUAUGUGGGCAAUGUUUACGGCUUUAGGUCUUUCCAACUUACGCUACAGUGAAGCUGGAAGCUCGCGGAAUAUUAUAAUUAUUGGGUUAGCGUUGUUCUUUUCUCUCUCUGUCCCAGCUUACUUCCAGCAGUAUGGCAUAUCUCCAAACUCGAACCUCUCUGUUCCAAGUUAUUACCAACCUUACAUUGUCUCGUCUCAUGGGCCUUUCAAAAGCCAAUAUAAAGGGUUGAACUAUGUGAUGAACACGCUCUUAUCAAUGAACAUGGUGAUUGCGUUCAUCAUAGCUGUGAUUUUGGACAACACAGUCCCGGGGAGCAAGCAAGAACGCGGAGUUUACGUUUGGUCGGAUAGCGAAACAGCAACGAGAGAACCAGCUCUUGCUAAAGACUAUGAGCUGCCGUUUAGAGUGGGGAGGUUUUUCAGAUGGGUCAAAUGGGUUGGCAUUUGAGAUAAAAACAACAACAGAAGUGGUAAAUAUGUCAGAUGAGAGAGAUCCCUUCUCUUUUUUUUUCUUUCUUCUUUUUCUCUGUUCUUUUGAUUAGUCAGUCUCUCAAUUUUAUAACACAGUGAAGCUUUUGCCUUGGGUCGCAAGUUUGUCUAUUGGAGAGUUUCUUUUUUUGGUUGAAACAGAGAAAAAUGAUGAUGUUGUUGUAAGUUAUAUAGAUUAUGAUCAAAUGCUUUUGUAACUAUGAGAGUUUUAUUCAUUUUUUUUCUCAGUAUA